CUGACAUAAAGAUGAAUGGAUUGCGACAGGCCUACAUGCUAAUACAGACCUACAGCGAAGGACCUACUUUGACAUUUGGGUGUAUUAAGCCAGACGGAAAACAGACAGAGGGUUGCAACCCGUUUCUCCGUAUGCGGAACUUCUUCUACAGCAUAAAAAAUAAGUUUUGUAGUAUGCACCAUUCCUACAAGCUCACAGCAGUGCCGGCCUACGCUGAUAGGUCACAAUGAUCUUCGUGGUGGUGGAGUCCACUGCCACUGUACUCAGCCCCGUAAAAUUAGCGUUCGGUUUGGUUCCGAUUUCUUAGCCCGAGGAGUUUUCCGUACUGUGUGAUCGAGGAGAUCGCAGGCCUUGUGCGGGAGAAGAGAGCGAUUGAUCUUGAAUCAAGUGAAUCGAUAUCAUCUCCUCAGUCGGAAGGAUCUAGUGUGAAUAAGUGAAUGAACGCCGGCAACAUUUCAGGACGGAACGGAGUUUUUAGAUCUGGAUUCUGUGCACCGCUAUUCUCUCACGGCUGCAGCUGAUGUGAAGUUUGAUGGGGCUAGUGCGAUGGACAGAUCCAUGCCGUUACAGCUGGAGUUGGCAUCCCGUUGUUCUCUUUUCUUAGGUCUGAAGCUCAAUUAAGGACACAAGUGUUUGGGAACCAGCCAGCUGGAAGAAGCACUGGCGAUCUAAGUAGUUUGAAGAAGGCAGCCCGUUCUUUAGGUGACAGCAGGUAUGGAUUUUGGCACGUUGGGCUCGUAAUUUGCAUGUCGAGAUGACAAUCCGACGAGAUGAUGGUCCAUAGGUAGAUGGGACGCUCAGCCCUGGAUUAGGCCGGCGAGGUCAUGGAUCGAUUCACGAGCUAUCAACCCCUCGAAAACCGAAAGAAAGUAAGAUUGGACAACCCAUUGACGAUAUCUGUGUUCGAUAUAGUUGCGUAGAGAACUCGACGGAGUCGGGAUCAUCCACUAUGUCAGGGUAUGGGCCUUAUGCUAGCUCCUCAUUAGGACCCACCUCGUUACAUGUGGGUGGGAGUGGGACGGGUGCAGCGAGACGUCUGUCAAAAUUGGGAGGAGGGGCGCCAAAUUCUAAGAGGAAACGAGCUAAGCGCCCUAUCUUGCAAUCGUUCCGCAGGAAAUUCAUAAAUUGCGUUCUUUAUUCUGCUUUAUUGGUAUUUAGUCUUGGUAUAUACAAGGGCAGUCGGUACUUCCCAUCAUCUAUCGACGGGCAAGAGGCCUCGUCCAAUGCCUUCUUUUCGUCCUUGCCUGCACUUAAUGGCAGCUCCCACACUGGGGUUUCAAAAGCCAAAACGGAUAUUACCACUCAGGGCUUGUAUGAGGAUAUAAAAUUUCUGAACGAGGAGGGAGGAGUCUGGCGACAAGGAUGGAAUGUACAGUAUAAGGGGGAUGAGUGGAACACAGAGAAGCUCAAGGUCGUGGUUGUGCCUCACUCUCAUAAUGAUCCGGGCUGGUUGCGAACUGUCGAGGAAUAUUAUCAGGAAAGAUCAAAAUCCAUUCUCUCCACCAUCGUGUCAUCUCUCAAGAAGGAUACACGGCGGAAAUUCAUCUGGGAGGAAAUGUCAUACUUGGAAAGGUGGUGGAGGGAUGCUUCUGAGACAGAGAAAGGCGAUUUUAAACAUUUGGUCCUAACAGGGCAGCUAGAAAUUGUUGGAGGAGGCUGGGUGAUGAACGAUGAGGCCAAUUCACAUUACUACGCCAUCAUCCAGCAGAUGAUUGCAGGUAAUAUGUGGUUGCUUGAGACAGUUGGAGUUGUUCCAAAGAAUUCGUGGGCCAUUGACCCGUUUGGUCACUCACCUACAAUGGCGUAUCUACUGCGUCGAAUGGGGUUCAAAAAUAUGUUGAUACAGAGGACGCAUUACGAAGUGAAGAAGGCGCUGGCUUUGAAACAAAACCUGGAGUUCAUGUGGAGACAAAGCUGGGAUGGUUCAAACACCACAGAUAUUUUUUGCCACAUGAUGCCUUUCUAUUCAUAUGACGUCCCCCACACAUGUGGACCUGAGCCGGGUGUUUGCUGUCAGUUUGACUAUGCGCGCCUACCUGGGAUUGGAAAGGCUGAAAUGUGUCCUUGGGGUCACAACCCACAAAUAAUUACUCCUCAGAAUGUGGAGGAGCGUGCACACCUGCUGUUGGAUCAGUACCGGAAGAAGUCUACUCUUUAUAGAAGCAACACCCUGCUUGUUCCCCUGGGUGAUGAUUUUCGCUACACUUCAAUGGUGGAAGCUGAGGCGCAGUUUACAAAUCUGCAAAAAAUUUUCGACUACAUCAACUCGCAGCCAAACCUGAAAGCCUCCGUGCAGUUUGGUACACUCGAGGAUUAUUUUUCCACUCUUAGAGCAGAGGUUGGUCCAGGAGUAUCUACUGACUCAGGUUUGGAUCUCGUUCCUGGAUUUCCAUCCCUUUCCGGUGAUUUUUUUACUUAUGCUGACAGGGUUCACGAUUACUGGAGUGGGUACUAUGUUUCACGUCCGUUCUAUAAAGCCGUUGAUCGCGUUCUUGAAGAGACGAUGAGGGCAGCUGAUAUUCUUUACACGCUUACGUCGGCAUAUUGCAAGGCAACUGGUUCUUAUGAUUUCCCUCUGAUGUUCAACGACAAGCUUGUAUCUGCAAGGCGCAAUUUGGCACUGUUCCAGCAUCAUGAUGGUGUGACAGGCACGGCAAAGAACCACGUGGUGAUAGACUACGGGGAGAGGAUGCACAGAUCUGUUCUAGACCUCCUGAGGUUCAUGUCCGACAGUGUGCAUACUCUGAUAAGCAGAAGUGCGAAAGUGGGACGAUGUGAGAAUCACAACAAGGAAGAGUUAGAGUUCUACGAGCCUGAGCAGGCCCGGGAGCGCUAUGACUUGCUGCCUGUCAAAACUACAUUGAAAGUGACUGGUGAAAAUGUCCGGAGAGUGGUACUAUUUAACUCUCUGGAAGAGAGUGUGGAGCAGGUCGUAACGAUUUUAGUGGACGAUACAGCCGUAUGCGUGUUUGAUUCAAAGUGGGUACCUGUAAGAAGUCAAGCCAGCCCAGAGUGGGACUUUGGAGGGUCCUUUGCUGGUAAACCAGACACAGGUAAGCAUCGUCUGCAAUGGCAGGCUGAAGUACCAGCCAUGGGGCUCCAAACGUACAUUAUUUCCCCUGCGUCGUUAUCCCAGGAUUGCGUGACACCAACUCUGGCAAAUCUACAAGUUUUCAAUCCACCUCAGGACUUCGUAUGCCCUGCUCCUUACGAGUGUGCGUCGAAGAGUGACGACCAUUUGGAAAUCAAGAAUCAGCAUCAAGCACUGGUCUUUGGAGCAAGAAAUGGUCUGCUUUUUAGUGUGACUAUACGAGAUGGACAAGAGAUUUCUGUGGAGGAGGAACUUGCGUUUUACUCCAGCCAUAAAAGUGGAGCCUACUUGUUUGCCCCAGACGGAGAGGCAGUGUCUUUUGUCGAACCCGGUGGUCUUAUGAUAGCAGUCGAAGGGCCUCUCAUGCAGGAGGUGUACACAAUACCCAAGACCUCUAAAGGGUCCAACGCACCCGUACCUGUGAUUCGUAGUGCCCGGCUUUUUGCAGGAAAUUCAGUACAGGCCGCUGUAGCAGAGAUGGAAUAUCAUACUCAGCUCUCACACACUGCGUUUGACAACAAAGAGCUGAUUGCCCGCUUCAGGACAGAACUCAAUAACAAGAAGGUGUUCUAUUCAGACCUGAACGGGUUCCAGACCAUACGCCGAGAAACGUAUGAGAAAAUUCCUCUACAGGGAAAUUAUUACCCGAUGCCUUCUCUAGCUUUCUUUCAAUGCCCCACUGGUAGACGGUUUUCCAUACACAGCAGGCAGGCGCUCGGAGUGGCCAGCUUGGACAAAGGUUGUUUGGAAGUGAUGCUUGACAGACGACUUCGACAAGAUGACGGUCGUGGUCUAGGCCAAGGAGUCGUCGAUAACCAUCCAAACUCGGUCGUCUUUCACUUGCUAAUAGAGAAAAAUAGCACAGCGAUUCCCGACCUCGAGAAAGGGUCUUCAAGAGUCCAGUCCCUUCUCUCUCACCGUGUAGGAGCCCAGCUCAACUAUCCCCUGCAUGCCUUUUUGGGUAAGCCGGAAUCGUUUGCAAACCUUAGACCCUCUAUGGAAGAAAAACUCCUGAGGGCAACGAUGUCGCCUAUGGCUCAAAACAUACCAUGUGAUUUACACGUUGUUUCCCUGCAAUCACUCAAAACAGCUGGUCUGUCGGACUCUGUCAAGCACAAGGUUGGUGUACUCUUACAGCGGAGAGGGUUGGAUCCUGCAUACGGUGUGGACGAAGAUCUGGAAUCCAAGAAACGGUGUACUACCUUGAGUGAUGGCACUUGGAAUCUCUUUGAGAUGUUCAACGAACUGGAGAUGGUAGACGCUAGACAUUCUUCGUUGAACUUCGUGCAAGAUGACACAAAAGAAUUUGGGUACUUGGAACAAGUCCAUCGAAAGGAAGGCAAGUCACAAAGGCGAGGUUUUCUGACACUGGAUCCAAUGGAAAUCGAAGCCUUCAAGUUAGAGUUGAGGCCACGGGAAUAGCUCCCAUCUUACCAUUUGGGAAGGGUGGAUAUGUUUAUAAUCAGAGCUGAACCUUUUAUGGAGUACUACGUGUAGCAACGGCAAUGCAUUAUAGGUGGGCGAUGGUGACAGCAGCGAGACGGGUAUGUGUUGUAUCCGAAUGAUCGAUCUGUAGAUGGUUUUGAUGUACGAGAUCAGCAGUAGGUUUGCUUGCUCAGAGCCCUUACGGGUACCCAGGCUUUAAUGUUCAGAUAAUCUCUAAUCUCACUGGUCGGAGUAAAUGAGCAUUAAGGUCAUAGAGAGAUGAGUAGUAGUGCACGGAGGCGAGUCAUCACGCGUUAGGUGGGAAGCUCAAAUUCUGAUAUGGUUCUUGAGUGGCUCUGUAACUUUUGUAGUCCUAAUUUACGCUAAAGGUCAUAUGCACAUGUUACUGAGCUCAUGAAGAGAAGAAUUCGAGCUCUGGCGUGAAAUCUUAUCGGCAUGAAGUGAAGUAGAAUGAUGUCUGUUACAGUCACAACAAUCUGUGUAGGUCCCCAUCGUCGUGUCAAGAUAGUGCCACAAACAUUUAUGCUUUGAAGCCCCUGUCGGUUGACAGUGAGAUGACAAUCAGAAAAAAAAAACAUACCGCUUAUAUGAACUGACGAUAGCGACAAUUCAGAAGGAUUUACUGAUUGGGGCAUCAGUCAUAACAUUAUGUCUUGGUCAAAACGCCAUUUUUCAGUUGUUGUCCAG